UGAAAAGUGCAGGAUGGAGACAGUUCUAACAAGGUGUGAACUAUGGGUGUGAAGAAGCAACUGAAGAAGUGAAGAAGUAACUGCGCGCCGAUUGGGCUAAUAAUGUGUCGGGAGCUCUAUGUGAAGAAGUAGUGUCCCAGAUUAUUCAAAACAUUCCAGCGAGUUCAAAGGGUAACUGCGGGUCUCAAUCAUGAGUUAUCUCAGUCCAGGACUCCUCGAGGCCUACAACAGUCUCACAGACAGGCACCUGAUUGGAUAUUUUAACAACACAAGAAUACGAAGGCAUCUCCGGAGAGCUGGACUGAUCACCAGAAGUGGCCGGAUCGUCCCUGAGAAGGAGUACCGACAGAAGGUCAUCCACAGAGCCCACCAGAGACAUGUGCGAGAAUGCCUAGCCCAGGCCAUAUUCCACAAGGUGCUUGACAUGGAGCGAACACACCAGACAGAAAUCAAAAAAAGGCUUGAGGAAUUUGCUAGGAGAGAGCGCGUGUACAAAAUCAAGGUGGAACGCUCCAAGAGACAUGAUGAAGAUUUCAUCCCCAUGCUGUCUCCACGACCUCCGACCGGCCCGAGGGGGAACCACACACAGCAGUCUGGGCCAGACGGGGAGAUGUCCGAGUCCUCCGAAUCUCCUGGCUCCUCGCGUCCCAACACGGCCCCUGGGAAGAUGCAGAGGCCAGUACGACUCAAGCCCAUUGACAGGAACAGCACCACAACCUCCGUAAAGAAGACCCCUCCAAGCUCCAGGAACCAGGACUCCUCAAACGACACUGACCAGCCGCUCAGUCUGGACAGGGACAUGAGGCAGUGGACCACGCGAGAGCACCACAGCACUGUGUCCCCAUACCGGCUCCCUGUAAUCAACAACUAUGUGACGCCAGUGCCACCCCUGACCAAGAGGAGAGACAGGGGCAUGAAAGGCCCUCUCAACGGGACAAGGGGACGACGACUACGGCCCACAACAGCCCCAAGUGUCCCUGCCAACAAAGAGAAUUCUGCGUUACUGAGGACAUCUAUGCAGAGCAAGGUGACCGUCACCAUGGUGUACUUUGGGAGAGGUGUCCACCUGUCACAUGACCUGAUGGACAUUGGGGACGAGGUGAAGGCGUUCCAGCAGCACUGCGGAGGGGAGAACCUCUGUGUCUACAAGGGCAGACUGAGGGAGGGAGAGACGUUCCAGUUCAUCUCCAGACGGCACCGUGGGUUCCCCUUCAGUCUGACGUUCUACCUGAACGGCCUCCAGGUUGAUCGCCUCAGCUCCUGCUGUGAGUUCAAGCACCGGAAGGGCUCGCGGCUGGGAGGGCGUCAUGGCCACUUUGGGUUCUUCAGUGUAGACGGGGCCCAGCCCUGCUACAAGUGUAUCAUUGCCAUGGGGCUGGACAAGAAACCAACUCCUCCACCAAAAAGAGUGAGUGAUGACAGAAGCAGUCCGGCCAUUGAACUCUGCCCUGGCAGUGCACAGGUGCCUGUUGAGGUGCAGGAAGGCAGGGUGGAGAAGAGAGAACUGGAGACAGAGCCGGAGUCCAUCCAACCAGACUGCCUCAAGGCCGAGGAGGAGCCAAUGCAAGAUGACCAGCCUAAAGAUGAUUAUGAAGAGGACUUUGAGGCGGACGACGAGGGUCCCAUCGAGAAUGGAGGUGAGGAAGCCAACAGAAAACCAGCCUCUCCCACUAAUGAGGGGAGAACAGAAGACGAAAUCCUAGACGCUCCUGAGGGUGAGCCGGCAGAACACAACAAAUACCCCGACAGCGAGGAUGAAGAUAAGAACGAUCAGAGAGAGUCCAUUUCAUCCAGAGGUGCCUCAAGCCACUCUGGCAGCGAUGCCGAGGACAGUGAGGUUGAGGUGGAAACCAAGGAGGACAACGCUGCCGGGAUCUCCAAGGCCCCAGAGGGUAUGCCCCAAGCUGAGCCAGAGUCAGAGCCUGAGCCUCCCCUCGCCAUGGAGACAUCGGAAAAGGACCAGCAGGAGGAUGCUGAGAUGACGGAGGUGAGCUCUCCAGUCCCUCCAGAGGCUGCUGCUGAGGCUGCUGUCGAGGCACACAUGGAGACCAAGGACAGCACAGGAGACAAUCUGGAGAAAACCGAGCUGGAGGUAUCAGACAGCACAGAGGCUGUGGCUAUGGCUGUGGCUGAGGGGGAGGGUACGACUGAUCCAGCAGGUGGGUCUGCAGCAGAGAGUGAGCCUGAAAGGGCCAAAUCUGUGCAGGAGAAACUGGCAGAGGCCAUUUUGAACGAGAGCCACUCAAGUCCAGAACCAGAACUCAGUGACACCAGCACAGAGGAAGAGGAAGAGGCGUCUGUAGACCAAACACCACAGGACACAUCAGUUGUUGAAUCAGACACAAGUGUUGCCCUCAGCUUGCUACAGCCUGGGAAAGAACAGGACAAGGAAUGUGAAGAGGGCUCUAAAGAAAUUGCAAUUGAGGAGACAGGUGCACAGGCCAGUGAAAAGAGGGAGCCUUCACCUGAAAAUAUAGAGAAGCAAGCCACAGAUGAACAAAAUGUGAUAGCAGAACAGAAAUGUGCUGUGAAUGAGGAGAACGUGGAACCGGUGGAUGACAGCAGUAUAGCAGCAUUAGAGGUGCCUGCUAAUCCUGAGGGUGAGAAGAAAGAAGAGAUGGAGUCUAGUGAGACCAAAGAAGCACCAUGUGAGGUUGAAACUGAGGCAGAAACGAAGGAGCAGGAUGUUGACGAGAGUGCUGAGGAACAGGCCGAGGAGUCCAGAACCAUUGCCAACGAAACUGCAAGCGCAGACUUAGAGAACAAUGAGGAAAUUGCAGAGGAGAUGAAAGACACCACGGACUCUGAAGCACCACUCGAACAGCAAGACCAAGAAGAAGAAGACGAAAAGAUGGACUCCAGCGAAGGAGCUGCUGAUACAGCUGAAGGAGAACCUGCAGUCUCAGAGACUGAGGCACAAAAAACAAGCGAUGAGCCCUCGGAGAGUGUGAUGCCAAAAUCAGAGGUAGGACAGUCUGAGGAGCCAUCUGUUUAUGGCACAAAGAGGACAGAAACCCCAGAUGAGCAGCAUGGGGGUGCUGAGAGUGAAACAACAAAAGCAGAUGAUGCAAUAGCACAUGACGACAGCACCCAUGUUGAUAAAAGUACUCAACAGGAACCAGAGAGCAGCAUCGUUGAAACAUCAGAGAAACUUUCUGACACAGGGGACGUUGUGGAGGGAGAAAGUGGAGAAAACAGUGAGGAGAAGUUGGUAGAUACAAAAGAGGUUGAAAGUAACGAGAGUACUGUUAAAAAUGAGAGUGAUCCCCAGAAUAUUGAAGAGAAAGAAGACGCUAAAGAGGAAAAAGCAGACAAUUCAGAUGAAGGACAUAAUGAGGUCAAGCAAGAGACUGCAGAAAAUGAGAGUGUAGCCAUGGAUCAAGAGGGAGCGAUUGUAGACGAACUGAGAGAGGAAAAGAUCAAACCUGUAGAAACAGAGAAUGUAGAAACUGCUCAACAGCAAGCUAAUGUAGAUGCUACUGAACAGCUUGAAGGGGAUCAAGUUGAAGAGGUAGCAAACGAGGAAGAUUCAGCAAAUACAUUACAGGAUAAAAAGGCAGAAAAUGAAGUAAAAGCUGAAGAUGAAGAUGCAAAGAGCUGCUUGUCAGAUGUAGUGAAAGAGAUUAGCGGAGAGGGCAAAAGCAACACUGAAGACAAUGGUGUUGAUGGAGAUGAAAGGAAUAGUGUGUCAGAGGGAGAAAAAGAGAAAUCAGGAGAGGGUGAUGGGAAAGAAAAGAUGGAUGCUGCAGAAGAUGAAGGCAAAGAGGCCAAAACUGAGACUGCAGAACCUACUGCUGAACCAAUAACUGAGAAAGAAACUGAAAUGGAUAUGGAGGUAGAAACUAAAAUGGAUGAUGGUGGGCAUGAUGGUGGCGAUGAGGUGAAAGAAGAGGAAGUUGACGUGUCGGCUGAUGGACAGGUGGACGACAGAGAGGUAGACGAUGGACAAACAGGACAUCAAUCAGAGGGAAACGAAGAGGAGAGAAAGAAAGAAAGUAUAAAAGAUGGUGAGGAGCAUCACGUAGGAUUCACGGAGAGUGAAAAUCCUGAAGACAUGGAGGAAGGAGGCGCUGAAACUGUAGAUGGUGCAGAAAACAGCAGUGCAGCCAAAGAAAGUCAAAGGUCAAAGGUCGAUGAUCAAGUUGGGAAUGCACUGAAAGAUAACAACACAAACACCAAGGUAGGGGAAGUAGAAAGGUCAGAGAAAGCUGUAGCAGAUGAUGUGGAAAAGAAUGACAGUGAAACAUGUGAUGGAGAAAGAGGGAGCAGCGUAGGUAGAAAGGAAGACAACAGCAGGGAGAAAGCAGACGAGUGUGGUGGUGUUAGUGAUGACACGAGAGCAGAGAAAAGAGAGCUGAGAAAUCAAAAUGAAUCAGAGGCAGACAGGGAUGUGAAUGGAGAGGAUAAGGAUGCUGUCAUGGAGUUUAAAAUGGAGGAGACAGCAGUUAGUGGGGAUGGAACGGAGUCACAGUAUGGUGAUAAGAAUGCAGAGGUCAAGGGGGAGGUUAUAGAGGGGAAGAUAAAGAGGACUCCAGUGUUUGAGUUUGCGAUACGUGGGGUUAAAAGUGAACUAGAAAAUAUUGAAAUCAAUGACGAAAAUGGCGAGAAAAUAACAGCUAGUGAAUGCACAGGAGAUAUGGUAAUGAAGUGUGAACCUGAAGGUCAAGAGCCUCACCAGAUUAUUGAUAACGAGCAGAGAGACAGUUCUGAUACAGAGGGAGAGGAGAUGAAAGAGACAAAGAUAGAGGAGAUUGUAGGAGUUAGACAAAAUGACGUGGAGGAAAUGAAUGGAGAUGACACAAAGAGUGACAGGAAGCUGAGCUCGGACGAGUCUGUUGAGACGCAGGUGAAGGUGGAAGAUGAAAAAGGCAAAGAGCUGUUUGAUGCAGCUGAUGGCGACGGAUGUGGAAGUGUUCUGUCAAAGACUUCAAAAGAUGGCCUGAACAGACAAGGCACAGCAAAGCAAGACGCACACAUCGACCAACAAGUUGAAGAGACUAGCACAGAAAUCAAGCCUUUUCUUCUAAUCCAGGAGCCAGAAGGACUGAACACAGUGCACACAAACAGUACUGGGCCUGAUGUGCCAGGUGGAGCCGGGAGUGAUCUGGAGACCAAAGGGCACAAACGCAUGCCAAAAGACUCCGAAGCAAAGGAGGACACAAGCACAAAGGAAGGUCAAGGAGGAGCACAAGAGCUGGACAGUGCUGAGAAAGAGCAUGUGGUCAAUGGAGAGCAGUCUGUGGCUGAAAGCUUAACGUCUCCUUUAUCCUUAGAGCGACAGGAAGUGGGAGAUCUUGUCUCUAAGUGGGUGAACCAACACCAAACCAGAGGAUGUUUUCAGACAUUUGUCGAGCCCUUAGAUGACAUAAAAGACACCUCCUCGUUGUCAAAGGGGAAAGUGGAUGUGGAUGGUCACUUGGAGAAGGGGGAGGGAAGCCAGUCCACGAAUGUGCCAGAGUCUGAUACUCUGGAUCAAAUGUCUGAAAUGAAAGAGGAUUACGUCUCACCGCCAAUGAGCGCACACACUGUAGACAAACAGGAAACCACUGUCGAGGACUUUGUUAUGGAAACUAAAGAGGAAAAAGCAGAAUCUGAUGUAAGAAGUAAGCAUUCCAAUGAUGAGUCAACUCUUGCAACCAAAGACAUGUUGGAAGAGAGGCAAGAUAAAGAGAUUAGAGAUGUUAGGCUUACUGCUGAAACUGAAUAUGCUGAGAAAGACACAGCCAGCAUAGCAACAAAAGACAGGGAAAACCAACCUUAUGAACAAGGAGCUGUAUCAGACAGAGUAAUCGAUCUGAUAGCCACCACCAAAACCAAGGAUGACUCUAAACCGGACUCUGAAUCUUCAUCUGAAUCUGCAUCUCACGCCAAAACAGAUCAUUCUGUCCACUCGGGACAUGCUGAAGACACAACAGAGAAAAAGCAACAGCUGAGGUUUGAGGAUGUCAUCCCUCAGAGUCAGAGUCACAGACUGAGCACUUUCUCAGUUGAGGACUCUCGCUUAUUUGGUCCAACCACUUAUCCAAGACUAGCUACAGCUCACCCAGAGCAGAGCUACUGAACCUGAAACCAAAUGAGGGCCAUGGCGAGCUGCUGUUGAUUAUAUGGGGGUAGAGUACAAAUGAAGUGAAGACUCUGAUGUGUCCUGUGAACAUCUUCAAUCAGUUCUGAAGCUUGCACAGUAACAUGGUUGUUUACAGAUGAACCACCCACUGAUUUGGUGAGAAACCAUUUUAGUGAGUCUAGGUGGUAGUAUGUUUACUCUCGGACGGUGAUGCACUGUUUACCUAUCAUUUACGGACAGCACUCGUGGAUGUGCCGUGUGCGGAGGGGAUCUAGUGUACACAGCCUUUCACCAGUCUACUGAAAGCAGAUACCCCUGGACGCUCUCAGCACAAAUAAUUUAAUUAUUCAUAUGCUGUGGACCUCCCGCAGGUCAGCCCGGAGUGGAAGCGGGCGCACACACUUUAAAGGGCAAAGCAGAGCAGAGGACAGCAGAAACACACACACACACACACACAAACAGACUACCCUUACCCAAACAUGUCCACACUCUUCCCAACCCCAGACACAAACGCACACACACUCAUCCACUCACUCUCAAGCCAGUAGUACACAGACCACCAGACACACACACACACACACACACACACACACACUCACUCACUCACUCACCCCGUACAUACACACAGAGGAUUUCUCUCUGAGAAAAUUACAAUAUCACACUUUCCUUUGAUCAUAGGAGCCAGAGUAUGCAUGAGAUUUUGAGAUGAGAACACACUGGCUUGAUGUUGUGUACACGGUACAUGCAGAAUUUCAAUGAAAACUGCAUACACUUUGAAUAGGUAAUUUGGCACCCCUGUACAGAGAAGGGCUACCUGUUGAACUCUGAAUCACAGUUUGCAUAAACACUUUAUAGUUUUUCAAAGGUUCACUAAAAAUAAAGUGGAUGAUUAAAAUGUGUCAGCACAAAUAUUUAUAAGUAGUCAUGUUUUACAUAAGUUAAGGUGGUUA